UACGGGAAAAGUUUGAGUUCAAUUCUUUACAACCUAGAGCCGCGACAUAUUUACGUUCCAGAACAGCCUCUUAAAAAUGAACAACAGUUCCGCUGCAGAUCCGUUCACCGACGAAGACGUUUUCUUUGGUUUCAGACCAGAGUUUUCGUAUCCUGUUGCAGCCUGUUACAUAGUUAUCACAGUGGUGGCGGUCUUUGGAAACUUCUUGGUCUGUUUCGCAAUACUUGCUAACCGGCAUCUCCGCCGCAAUCCCACGAAUCUUUUUAUUUUUUCCUUGGCUCUUUCAGAUUUUCUCGCAGCAACGAUCGUGGUACCGUUUGAUAUAGAAUCACUUUUCCUUGAUGGUGCAUGGAAUCAUGGAAGAGCAUUCUGCAUAGUUUGGCAGGUGGUGUACAUGAUUACUAUACCCAUCUCGAUUUUCAGCCUAUUGACUAUCAGUGUGGAUCGAUAUAAAACCCUCAGUGAUCCUUUGUCGCGGUUUAAGAAUUCACAGUUUAUGACCCAAAGCAGAGCUCGAAUUGUCGUAGCGAUCAUCUGGCUGUAUUGCCCACUAUGGCCGUUUUUUGUCCUCAUGGGUUGGCGAGAGGAAGGAGAAGCAGAUGAUGAUGGCAUCUGCAUGCUGCCAUACACAAAGAACUAUAUCCUUGUUUCGUCCUUUCUUAAUGUUAUUCUUCCGCUAAUGAUCACAUGCUUUUUUUACGUCCUCAUAUAUCGCAUUGCUGUCAAGAACAAUCGAUCCACCAAACGAGGCACCUUUCCUUCGAUGCGGCAGCCCUCCAAGGAUGAAAAAAAGGUGUAUUUGAGAAAAGUCAAAGCGGCUAAGACGACUUCAAAGUUCGUUUUGGCGCUGUUCUUCUGCUGGCAACCUCACUUUUAUUUUGCCAUUGCCAGUGCUAUUGACGGAGAAAACUGGGAACCGUUUCCUUACGAAGUUCACUCAGUGGUGUUGAUGUUUGGUUACCUUAACUCAGCACUUAAUCCGUUUCUUUUUGGAGAAGCAGAUGAUGAUGGCAUCUGCAUACUAAAUUACACAAAGAACUUUAUCCUUGUUUCGUCCUUCCUUAAUGUUAUUCUUCCGCUGAUGAUCACAUGCUUUUUUUACGUCCUCAUAUAUCGCAUUGCUGUCAAGAACAAUCGAUCCACCAAAAGAGGCACCUUUCCUUCGACCCGAAAGCCCUCCAAGGAUGAAAAAAAGGUGUAUUUGAGAAAUGUCAAAGCGGCUAAGACGACUUCAAAGUUCGUUUUGGCGCUGUUCUUCUGCUGGCAACCUUACUUUUAUUUUGUCGUUGCUAGUGCUAUUGACAGCGAAAACUGGGAAUCGUUUCCUCACGAGGUUUACCUAGUGUUAUUAAUGUUCGGUUACCUUAACUCGGCACUUAAUCCGUUUCUUUUUGCCUUUUCCAACAAAAGUUUUAAGGCUGUUUAUAAAAAGCUUUUUACAUCGCGUAAACAAGCUGUAAAACGGGCUGAAUCCAGCAUAUCACUACGUCGGCUCUCAACGUUUUCACAAAGCACUGUCACCUCCGAGAUUCCGGAGCUGGGAAGCGGUGUCCGUCUCCGAUCCAUAUCCCAUUAUGAAGAUUCAGUUUUUGAAUCAAUGCCUGCGGCAGAGAAGUAGCUGUAGUGAGAACUCAAGGAGGUAAUUUAAGAUCUAGAAACUUUGGUUAAAAGAGCUGGGUUAUUUGUAUGUGAUUUACCAACAAACAUUAUAUUGUUGCAUUACUCCGAGGCUCUUAAUUUGAAUAUUGUAAAGCAAUUACAUUACAAAUAAGAAUUUUUCCCAAGCACUUAUAUAGAUCUGUCAGGUAAUAACAACAUAUGCAUUUUGUAAAUAAUCACAUCGCAAUGUACCCGCUUGAGCAGUAGCGGUAAUCAUUAUGUUUGGGGUAAGAAUCACCUAAUAUGUAACUCUCAGAGAUUUGAUGGUAAAAAUGUUCUAUUAGUGAGAACAUAUUUUAUGUAAAUUUUCUGAGCUUACUAAGAUUUUGUUUGAAAUUAAUGUGAUGCUUUAUCGUUGAAAUUAACGGGACAGAAAAUUGAAGUUAGGGAUACAUAAUCAGUAAAACAUGGAGAUAGUGUAGGUGAAGUGACGUGUGGUCUCAGGGUUAUUUCUGUAAGACAUAAAACUCGACAAAAUUUGACUUACAAAAUUGCAAAAACAAAGAGAUCAAAUGCUACAAAUCUUGGUUUUGUAUCUAUCAAGAGAAUGUCAACUGCUGAUAUUCUUAUAAUACAUAGACA